AUGGUCCUGACCUCAAAUGCGGCUGAAGCCCGAGUCGUAAAAGUCACUCUGAUUCACUCAACUCUGGGUGAGUGGUGGUGGGCGGGCGCAUGCGCGGGCACCGCGGUGGUGGUGUGCGCCGCGGGCGCGCUGGCCCGCCCGCUCCUGCGCCGCCGGCGCGCUGCCGCCGCAGCCGCCGCCGCUUGCCCCAUGCUCUCGGUACAAGUGCCGGGGUGCGCGGGCAUGGAGCGGCUCGGUGCGCCGGGGGGGCCGCGCCUGCGACACGAACACAGACAUCACCACUCUACGGAAUGGGAAAAGCAGCAGCGAAUACAGGCGAUGGUGGGGAGAAUUCAAGAGAUGGUGGAGCAAGACGCGAGAGCGCGAUCUGCGGCCGCCGCCGAGAGGCUCGGCCUGCCACCGAGCAUACAGUUGCCGGACGGCGAAUACGGGCAGGACGCCCAUUUGCAGUUACGAGUCCCUUAUCAGCAAGCCGAGUUGAUGAGAAGUUUUCAGCCUCCACCGAACAAGUGCGUGAGCGACGUGCCGGAGUGGGCGGAGGCGCGGCGGGGCGGCGCGGGGGGGACAGGCCCCGCCAGCGGUAGCAGCGGCCACAAGAAGGACGGGCUGCUGCAGAAGGCCACGCGCUGGUGGGGCCGCAUGGGCGCGCGCGCGCCGUGUGCGCCGUGCGCGCCGUGCGAGGCGCCCGCGCCGCCGCCGUGCGUGAUGGUGCCGCGGCGCGCGCCGCCGACGCCGCCGCCGCCGCCCGACGCGUGACGCCGACGGGCGUCGCGCGUCAGUACCAUAUCACGCUUACAUUCCAUUAUCGGGACGAUCAGACUGGCCGAGGCGCUCGCCGGCGCCGGUCCCGGAGUAUUAUAGACUUGGUAUUUAUUUAUUUGGGACUCCCGGCCUCGGCCGGACGGGGCCGCGGGGACGCGUGUGAUAUGUGACGGCCGAGGGCGGCCCCGCGCCCGCCGCGAGCGACGCUAGUCUUGAUACUUUAAUCGGUUUAGACGUAGAGAUAAUUGUUUCUAUUGAGGAGUUAUGUUCGUAAGACGAGGUCUCGCAGCCCGCUAGUGUGUGUAGGUGUGUAUCGCGUGCGUAGCGUGUGCGUCCGUGUUCCUCGCAUCGUUCUUGAGUUUCGCAAAAAACUAAGACUGAAAUAAAUAAAAAGAUAUAACGCUAUAAAGUCUACAUUGAAGUAUGUUGUCUUAGGUAAAUUUAAUUCAAAUAGAAACAAUUAAAAGUAUAUAAUAUUUAAUGAAUCUUUCGAUUGUAACCUUGAUGAUAUUGUAUAUUAUGGAGAAGGUCAGUCAAUAAGCUAAUGUCUUUGCAGUGUACAGUUUCAUGUUUAAGUAACCUAUUUUAAAAAAUAAUUUCUAUACAGCAGCUAUAAAUCUGUGUUUAAACAACUUUUAUAUUUAUUUAUAAUGGUGUAUAAAUAACAUAUCCUAUAUCAGUACAGUAAAUGCAAGGAAUAAUAAUUUACAUAGCAUAGUGACUAUUUUAUUGUAAAUAUUAUCUCUAAUUUAAUAUUAGAUUAAUGAUGAACAAUUGCCAGAAUCCGAGGGUCUUUUCAAUUGAGUGUUUACUACAUUCCAUAUUUAAUCUCGAUGCUACUUACUGUACGGCAGCCUCCCCGCCUGCUGACUGCUGCCUGCUGUCCACGCCGCGCCGGCGCUGGCUUCACCCGACACAGGGAACAUACCAUGCAGUUUGACACAACUAUGAUGCUCUGACUUUUAAAAUAAGUCUAUCGCACUGCACUUCUGCACAAAUAACCUAAAAGGAAAUUCUAGCAUCUACCAUACUGUAUGUGUGUUCUCUUCUCUUCCCAAUACAUGUCUGCGUGCAAAGGGAAAACUUUAUGUUGGAUGAAAUCAGUGCCCUAGUGAGUUUUCGCGCUAUAGUAUGCGAUACUGACAAUCAGAUAUAGAAAUCUCAUUAGGGAUAGACAUUGUUGAUAAAAUAUUGGUUGAUUUAGGUUUAUAUUAGGUAUUUAUUGUUCAUUGAACCGGGUACAUGUGUUCUGAUUUCAAUUUGAGAUUCGGUGCAGCUAUUUUUAUUGUAAUUUAUUUUUAAAAGUUAAAUUCAAAAUUUUGUAUUUAUUUUUAAUCAAAUUAUUCAGAAUAUGUGUACUUGAAUAAAAUUAUUACAUUAAAAAUUAAAUUGUGGUCAAACAAGUGCUUGAAACAUGACUACAUUUAAACACAAACUGCUUAAUUUAAUCAUAAUCCGCAUUGUAUAAUUUUCUAGCGGUUCAUUUUCUGUAUUUAGUAGAGACUGUUGGUGCCAAACAGAAUUGAUUGCCGGUCUUUUUAACAUUUGUAAGUGUUACUCACGCAUCUAAGUGUCACGUUGAGAUGUUGCUAUCUGUUAGAAUUAGAUGUAAAAACGUACACUUUUCUAACUGAUGACAACGCAGACUGUCUAUUAUAUUAUGCACUUUUACGUGAGUAAAACUAAAACAAAUGAAAAUAGGUGACUUAAACCUCCGUUAUUACGGGCGUAUUUCGAAUGUCUGCACACUUUUACGAGUGAGUCGAGUGACCUAUGCAGUCAUCUAUUAGAUUGACUUUAAAACUGUCUGAUGGAACGAUAAACGCUAGCGUCAUGCAAUAAAUAAUACAUCCGUAAAAAUGGCGCCCAAACAAAUACUUACAAACCCACUGUCAUAAUUGUGUGGAGUUUUUAUUUGCACUGUUCAAAGUAAAUGAAAAGCAAAGCCUGAUUUAUUUUUAUAACUAUCUUGCCACUACAAUUAACAAAUACAAUUCAGUCCAUAUUGACACAUAAAUCAAUUAAUUGUGUACCUAUGUUAUGCUUAUUGACGUGAAACCAUAAACAACAAUAUAUAUUUUUAAGAUAACGGUUCCUUGCAACUUUUUAUCCGCCAACUCGCUUAACCGUACGUUCAUGUAUUUCUGGCAUGACUAGUUCAAUACUUGAUUACUUGAGUUUAGGCCCUUAUUUGUCUUGGUUGGUACAACAGAGUUGAAAUAAAGGUGUUGACGCGUUUAUCUGAAUAAAAUGGCUGCUUACGACAUCGAUCCUGUCAAGCCAGUAAGGGCCUAACUUCAGCGCCUAUAUGAAUCUGUGUCACAACAUGACCGAUAAGGCGCUGCAUACACUGAAUCAUUUUGAAGUAAAGCGUGCUAUAACAUCUUAUUACGUGAGCGAAAAGUAGCCAGUUGGAAGGUAGAAAGUUCCCCGUGGGCCUAUACGUGUAAAUGCCUGCUCAAUGUAUCACCUUGUUAUUAUAUAGCCUUAGAAUUGUGACCAGAGGUGGUAAAAGCAGUCAUUGUACGAAUUGCUAACGAAAUAUAAAAGUUGUUUAAAAUAGUUUCAGAAUAUUAAUUAUCUAGAUAACGAACAAUAUUCCAUUGUCAUAUUAAAUAAGUAAAAGCAGAUGCAAAUGUUACUAAUUAAAAAAAACUGCAUUAAAUUAUGACCUACCAAUAAUAAA